UAUACUUCUCCAAAUUAACGUAGUUUAGAAGGAAAGCAGUUGGACUCAGCUGAGACUCCUGCGGAGACACAGGAGCACAGAACUUGUGGAUCUCCAACAUUUCUCUCAGUUCUCUCUCACUGGUGGGACUUGAUAAAACACUGCAGUCGAUUUGUGAAACGUUGGGGUUAAAGCUCUGGUUCCUUGGAGUUACAGUUUUUCCUGUCACUCAAUGGAGAGAAAGGAAAUUACUCAACAAGAGAGAGGGCUUGUCUGUCCAGGCAAGUAGAAGACUGCUCAUUACCUACAGAGUACAGCAGGCUGAAGAUCUCCACACAGACAGACUCCCACAGCGAGACAAUGGAGGGCUGGAGUUACACACUCUUUACACUGGUUUUUAUCAGCGCCGUCACACACACAGAGGCGCUACAGGAGGGCCCAAAGAAGCUGCUGGACAUGUCCCCUUCGGCAGUGGAUGACCAGUUCCUCAGCUGCAGGGAUCGCAUGCUGCAAAGCCUGAUGGGGAGUGGUGGCCUGUUGGAGAGAGAGCUGAAUAACUCUGAUGGGUUUCAUGCAGCAUGGCAGAAUAAAACAUGCGGAGGUCCGAUCCAAGGAGGUAAACCGGAACACUCCAAAGCUCUGGAGACCUACGUCACGGGUGGCAACUUCAUGAACAAGUUUGAUGAUGCUGUGGAGUCACAGGGUUCGAACGCCAGCGUUUACCGCAGUAGCUUCCCAUACAAGUCCCUCCACUUUCUGCUCACGGACGCCAUCCAUCUUCUGAAGGAAAAAACGUGCAGGACCCUUUUCCGAGGGUCUGACACCCUGUACUCGACCACAAAGGGGUCCCAGGUGCGGUUCGGGAGAUUCGCCUCGGCUUUAGAAAGUAAAAGUGAAGCUGAAGAAGACAUUUUGAUGAGGGGAACCCUCUUCAACAUCACGUCCUGUGCUGCAGCUCACAUCGAGAGCUACAUCUGCGAUCCACAUCACACGGUCAGUUGGCUCAUCCCUCCUUACGAGGUGUUUGAAGUUGUGGAUGUCAAGCAGAUGAAGGAGUACAGAGAAAUCACACUGAUGCACAAAAAACUUUCCAGCAACCACAACUGUUCCUUCUUCACAGACGCUCCUUCUUCCUUCGCCCCACCAAUGGCACCAGGAUCACUGCUCCUGUUCGCAGCCGCUCUCUCUGUGGGCCUCGGUGUCGGACUCCAACGGCUCUCCUGUUGACAGAAAUGUGUAGUAACUGUUCGGGGUGGAUGUGGGGGAGAAUUGCUGUCCUUUUAAAGUGAAAUACCACAGAGCACAAAACAGCCUCUCUAUGCAAAAUAAACAUGUAAAACUUA